AUGACACCACCUGCUGAAGACAGCGCCACGCUAGAUCUGGGGGAUCUCUAUCAAGACCGUCUUGACGGCUGUUGUCUAUCCCCCACUGUUUUGGACAAGCUCACCCGCCUGGAUCCAGUGCACAAUGUCCGAGUCAUUGCUAGAGAGUACUCUGGAAUUGUGGCGUCAGCAUCAUUUUGUCACUGGUUCUGCACCAACACUUCCAGCGUCAUUGCUGCUUGGUUAAUGUAUGUCCUAACGACAAUGUUCAUUGGAGCCCGUCAACACACAUUCGCUAUCUUGCAACACGAUGCUGCCCACUACCGACUUUUCCCCAACCGACUGUGCAACAAUAUUGUGGCAGAAGCACUGCUGGCCUGGCCUAUUCUCCUUUCCAAUGAAUGGUUUCGGAAAUAUCAUUUUGCCCAUCAUAGACAUGUUGGCAAUGCAAAAGAUGGAAAUCGCCAGCAAUAUUCCACCCACACACCCCAAGGUGAAUGGAAAAAGCACUGGAAGUUUCCACGCUCCUCAACCACUGAUUUUGCGGCAUGGGCCAUACCAAGAUUGGCUGGGUUUGGAGGAAUGGUAUAUUUCUUACGCUUUUAUGGACGCAUCUGGAGAAGCACUUCCACGAAAUACCGAGGAGCUGCACUUGUUUACUAUGGCUGUCUGUACAAUGUCAUCCAAGUGAUGCAGAUGGGACAGGUUGUGGUGCAGUACUGGUUUGUACCCCUGUUUACAUGGUUCAUUGCUAUCAAUAUUCUUCGCAUUGUGGCUGAACACUGUGCAGUCAAACAGGAUCCCGGCAGUGCAAACAAUUUCUUCAAUCAUACUCGCACAGUUAUUCCCUCCACUUUCGACAAAAUCUUUGUUGUGCCAAUCAAUGUCAGUUAUCAUGUCGAACACCAUCUAUAUCCACAAGUCCCGUGGUAUCGACUGCUGGAGUUGCAUGAAGAGUUGAUGAAAUUUGCUGUCUAUCAAGAGAAGGUGCACAUUACCGAAUCCUACUACACUGUUGUUGCGAAGGAGUUGAUUGUUACCAAAGGCAAGGCAGCGUAA